AUGCGCCUCCCGGGAAUCAUACCCACCGCCCUCCUAGGCGUCGCGUUCGUCUUCGCCGUCAUUGAGCUCGGCCUCGGCGGCCACAUCGCCUCCGUCUCUACCGGCUCCCGCAGAAUCCCCGUCUACGACUCCUCCAGCACCUGGGGCUACUCCUACAAGACCAUCAAGUUCUCUGUCCCUGGCAUCGUCGCCUUCCAGAUCUUCACCGCUGUCUGGACCAUGCUCGUCUCCGUCGCCGCGUUCCUUCUCCCCCGGUUCUUGCGCGUCAAGGCCGCCCCCGGAACACGGCUCAACACAAUCAUCACGGGCGCGCUGGGCGGCGUCUACUUCAUGACGAUGGUGUUCUGGCUCGCAUGCUUUGCGGACAUCGCGGCCAAGCUGGAUGGGCUGGGCGCUUCGUCCGACUACUAUAAUGCAGUGAUUGCGUUUGCGGUGCUCUCGUGGCUGCUCUUCGUCGCGCUCUUCGUCAUCGUUGUUCUUGCCAUGCUUGGGAUUCUGGAGUGUGACGCCCCCGGGUUCGCAGGCAUGAGGAAGAGGGAAACGGCUGCGACGGAGGGAACCCAGAUGCAGACAGUCGAGGUUGCAUAG